GAUUCGAGCCCCCAGCCCCGAGCCGCCCUGUCUUUGCCGGCCCCGCCCCACGAUCUGCCCAAUAACGCCCAUCUUUCUGGGCCCCAGUCGCAUUCCCCACUGCUACCUUUGGAACCCAUCCAUAGCGCCCACCCAGGACUGGCAAAACACACCAAAAAACGCCAAAAAAACGCCAAACACACACCAGAAAAUACCAAAAAGACCCAGCGCCCCACAGCCGCCACACGCCUGCCCCAAAACGCAUUACCGCCUCGAGCGUCUCCCAAAUACCCGCACGUGACCCGGUCCCCAGCAUCUAAAUCAUGGGUCUUUUCAACCGCCGCAAGUCCCACGAAUACCAGGGCUUCGCCAAGUACGCGGACGAGUACAACCUCGCCGCCCCGAGCCCUGCCGCCGAGCGUUUGCAGCGCGCCCAGUCGCUUUCCAGCGCCAGCCAGGCCGCCGCAGCCGCCCUCCAGCUCCACCAGAAAACGCCCGUUUCCAGCGCCCCGAAACCCGCCCGCCCGGGCACGUACAGGCCCAGCCCCCGCUCCAACUCGCUCGGCGGCUACGGCCGGACGGCGCUGAUGAACCUGUACACCUACACGCCGCAGGCGUCGUACUCCACAGGCCCUCUGCGGCUGGCCCAGGCGCCACGCACGCUGAGCUUGCGCUCCAACUCCCUCUCCAAUUCCGUGCGGCUGGGGCCCCGACGGAGCUUCGUGCCGCGCUCCGUGUUCCCCGAGGAGGACGAGGAAGCCGCCACCGACGCGGACUUGGUGGUCACGACGAAGACCACCAAGGUGCUUGAUGCCCAGGGCCGCACGUGCUCUAUCACCACCGAGACCGUGCGCCAGAUGGCCGACGGGCUGAACAUCAUCGAGACCAAAACGACCAACAUCUCGCGCUCCAACUCGCGCGCAAACUCGCUCCAGGCGCCGCCGCAAGAGCCGCCUCUUGCCAAUGCCUACAGCUUGAACAAGAUCGAUGAGGAUCUCCAGGACUUCGACUAUACGUACCUCGACCACGCGCCGCCACGCGCGAACCGUGCUGACGACCUCACGGCCAGUCCGCGGUCCCGACUCGCUGAAAACGCGCCUAGAGAACCGCCACAUGUGUCGCCCGAGCGGCAAGAUCUCCGGGCGGGGUCAAUGACCAGUACGCAGUCGUCCAGGCGGCCAAAGUCCAUCUUGAAAAGCAGUUCCAGUGCCGUCAACGCUGCUGCUGCCGUGGCGGCAUCCGUGGCUCCAGACACGGGCAACGGCGCCAUGCACACAGGCCCCGCAUUCGACGCGUCCGCGUCCCCUGAACACCGCCGCCAGCAUAUGCGCUCGGCGUCCUUGAGGCUCCAGCCCGCGCCCAAGUUAGAGCCUACGCACCGGCUCAACUCAAUGGCCUCAGGCGGAACUUCCAUCAAGUUUUUGGACAAGGUCGAGACCAUCCCAUACACCUACACGGAAAACUACCAGGAGAUUGCCAACGAGGAGAAGUACAAGAAGGAACAGGCCUUGCAGAAUAACCUCGAUCUCUACAACAAGGCCAUGCAGGUGGCCACCGAGAAAGUCUAUGGCUCGCCGCGUUCAGACGGGGCCCGCAUCCCGGACACCGCGGAGCAUGACAUCCCAAAGCCAGAAGAAAUCCAGCUGUUUGCCGAGAAAAAAUCGGCCAAGAAGUUGAAGAGCGACGAGAAGAGAAGCAGGGUCGAGGCCUCUGGCGUCAGUAAGAACUAUGUGUACACGAAUCAUCAUACAGACUUCCCGGUCCGUUCAUUAAGAAAUACGGGUGAUGACCAUCACACUUCCAGAAAGGAACGUGCCAAGGAAGAAAAAAGGCGGUUCAAGGAGGAGGAGAAAAGACAUGCGGAAUUGUUGAAGGCCGCAGAAAAGCAGAAAAGGCAGGAGGAAAGAGAGGCAAAGAAACGGGAGAAAACUCAUUUCUCCUUGUUCAAACGCAACAGAAGACAUAGCAGCGUUGGUGGCGCCAGCUUGGGGUCUUCUGAGGCAAAGAGUUCUAUUUCCAGUGAACAGACUCUGCCCUCUACAAAGCCCGAAAACAAUCCUGCUCUUACCGAGGCCGAACCGCCUGUUACUAAUACAGUCAUUCAAGAAGAGCCAAGCUACUCGAACUUAAAUGAUAAUGAUGGCAUAUCAGGUGUUCUGGCUUCAGUCCAAGGCUCUUCUGAGCAACCAACUCAUGGUCUGGAACUGCAUGCUCCAGAAGCAGACAAAAUUCCAAUCAUCUCAGACUCUGAGUUAGUUGAUGACACUGGAAGUGGCAAAAUGAUUGAAGUUCCUACUUUACCUGCUCAGCUGGAAAACUUUCAACUGUUUGAUGAUGAAGACGAUGAGUUCGUUGACGUGCCAGACAAUCUUGGAGAUGAUUCAGAUAAGAGAAUUUCCGGUAUUCCCUUGCUUAAUCAUGACAAAGCAGAUGGGCUUGAAAAAGAUGAUGACUUGGAAAAUGCAAACGAAAAAUCAGCUACGGGUGAAAGUUUAGCGCUCAACGACCCUGUGAGAUCGGUAUCCCCGGAAAUUCCCGAGCGCGGCGAUUUGACAAAUCAACCUGCUUCUAUUCUGCCAAGCGAUGGGAUAGAUACCUCCAAGGUUUCAAAGCUGGGUCAUGGCCAUUCGACACUGACUCAAAGCGCAACUUCUGCCAAAACUUUAGCUGAAGAACUUCCUACAUUGGUUAGUCGUGCUGAUGGGAUGCCUGAAGUUUUGACUAAGAGUUGCCAUCAGAUAUCUCAACACAGAGACACCAAUCGCUUAAAAGAAACUCCUGUACAUUCUCCCAAAGAUGGAAACAAAGUUUUGUCUGGGAACGAACCGAGUGUGGCUGAUUAUGGAGAUAAAAAGGCUUCUUUAGAGAACCCUGUGGUUCUGGACCAGGCCCCUGAAUCUUUUGUUUUGUUGAGGCAGGACCCCAAAACUGAUAUUCAAGUGCUGCGUUUGCAAGAUAAUCAGGGCUCGGUAGAAAUCAGCUCAGGUUCUAUUGUCGAUCUUGGAGAACAGCAUGUACGAGCACGUGAAGCCAACUCGCCAAGCCUUGUCCCAUCCGUACAAGCUGCCCUUGCUAAAACAGGGGACAAAAGUCUGAGUACUGACCUGAAGCUAAAUACUAAGAAAAAGGGAGGCAGAUUCAAGAAAGUGAUUGAGAAAUAUUUCAUCAACACCUACUCGCGCUGAGUGAAUAAAUAUAUUCAUAUUGGCUCUUCUUACAGUCUAGGUCAAUAUGUGCCCUAGUUCAUAUUCUAUUAGUACUAGCGUCCAUGUCUUUCCAUGUAUAUUGCUGAAAUUAUGUAAAUAAUUCAGGGGAUGGAGGAGGAUGAAGUAAUUUAGUUCUGUGACUUGUCGAAAUAGGGAUAUGAAAAGCCAGUUACAACGCCAAAAGGUUGGACAUUGAGCCAAUUUUCGAAGUCCAUUUUUCAAUCAAAUUGUAUAGGUGAUUCUGGCUGGUUUCCAUGCCUUAUCCUCAUAAACAAGUUAAAGCACUGAAGCAUCAGGACUAUAUCACCGAGUAGAUCACACAUUGUCCUUUCAUAAAUUGGUGUACUAAAAUCAAAAAUAUAAUGUAUGAUGAUAUAAAAAAGAGCGAUUUUGCCCACUAAAAAUUCAGGGAACGCAGAUGUACAAAAUAUCAACCGCAAAAAAGGGCUUCUUCAAUGUUC